AUGCAAGAAAGGUCGAGGUCGUUUAUGAAACCCGGCACGUCCGGAAAGAAUGGGGAAGGAGGCAUCUAACGAUGUUAGCGUGGCGAAAGCCACUAAAUAUUACACAGUAGAGGAAAUAAAGCAGCACAACAAACGGGAUGAUAACUGGCUAAUGAUCAAUGGCAAAGUCUACGACCUCAGCCGCUGGGCAAAGAAGCACCCAGGGGGAGCAAAAAUCCUGGGGCACUAUGCUGGAGAAGACGCAACGGAUGCCUGGACUGCAUUUCACAAUGAUAAAGGAUAUGUAUCCAAGUUCAUGAAAGCCCUGUACAUUGGAGAUGUGAAAGACUGGGAUGAUUGUGAAACAGAUCUGAAGAAGGACUUCCGUAAGCUGAGGAAGUAUGCAGAAGACAGUGGGCUGAUGAAGACCAAUCCUGCCUUCUACAUCCUCCAUCUUCUUCACAUUCUGGCCCUGGAGGCCCUCGCCUAUUACGUGGUCUGGAGCUGGCAGGGGAGCAUGGCAGCCUUCAUUGUUGCAGCUGUUCUUUUGGCAACUGCACAG